AUGAAGCGCAGGGUCACCUAUGUCCAGCAUCCCGAGACCCCUUUCGAGCCGCACCAGGCCUCCCUAAGGUCCACCGCCGUAUCGGUCCGCGACCUGGACGCCGCGCGCGAGGACCGCAUUACAUUCGGCCUGGAGGAUCUUCCCGAGGAGCUUCGCACAGUUCUCGAACAGUCCCAUGAACUCCGCCUUCGCUGGGCGACCGAGCGCUCUUUUGAUGCCAUUGCGCCCUUUGCGAGUAGGAUCUCGCCUGGGUUGCAUGUGCAUUAUACUCCGCUAUCAGCUGAUCAAUCCUCGGAGGCGCUAUGCACGCUACUCCGCACGGUAUUCGGAACUCGCAAGGACGGAGAAGCUGUCGUGGAUUGCACGACGCCGGAGGACUCCUUCAUCACACCCCCGCUCCUAUCCACCAGAUUCGCGGCCUCGGCCUCCCUCCAAUACUACGCACAGCUUCCAAGCCUACCAUCACUAGUCGCGUUCAUACGACGUACGGCAUGCCACCAAAAACAGGUUGGCGGCACCGAGUGCCAUAAUCGUGCCAAUUCUCUCCUCACGGCCGAUACGGUCGAUGUUGACUACGAUAGCAUCUCUCAUGCCUUGACUAUCACAGGUGUUUGGGCUGGUCCGCCUAGUGGUGGCUGGACUGAAGAUAUCCCUAAGCCUUCUUCCAAUGCAGACCAAGUUGAAUUUGGUCUUUUGGGUGCGGAGCAGGGUAUUGAGCCCGAGGAGAUCAAGAUGGGAGGGUUAUUGGCGGUGGUUGGGGAGGACAAGAAGAUGAAACCAACAAUGUUCUCCUUCCCAUCCCGACACCACCCUCUCCCCUCAGACGCCAGGUACUCCGUCUCCUUCACCAAACCAACCGGCCUCCACCCAACAAUGUCCAUCACCCUACAACGCCCCUCUCUCGAACGGCCCCCAGCCCCCGAAGACGCCACCUGCGCCCUCCACACAUACCUCACGCUCCCAUCCUCCAUCUUCGGAGACCAAUACCAACUCGGCACGACAGACCCGCUAUUCCUCGAAUCACACAACCUAGCCGCACUCCGCGCCCACGCCGGCGAAAUGGACCUCGAAGCUCCAGACUGGGCCGUACAGCGCUGGGGCUCAACGUGGCUCUUCGAGCUAGCCAAACCGAGCCUGGAUGAAUCUGAUACCACAUCGAAUUGGACCGCAACUAUCCCGCUGCACCUGCGGUACCUGCCUCCCUCUGAAACGGGGUAUAGCACUGCGCAGGUGCCCUGGCCCGUUGUUUUCUGGGCUUGUACGGCCGAGGACGGGACGAAGAUGGGUGUUAAUCCCUUUGACCGUACGAAUCUGGGCUGGGAUGGUCUGUUUGGUCCAAGGACGAUGUUUUAUCAACUUCAUCCUGAGUCUGGUCGGCUUGUAGAGGAGAUUGAGGUUCCUGUGUUGAAGCUUAAGGAGGGUGAGGGUCUGUUCAGGGCGCAGAAUAUUGAGCUAGGGACGUCAUUGGUUAUUUUGCUAGGCUUCUUGUGGGUGCUUUGGCGGUUGGUUCAGGUUGGGUUGUCGCGGUCCGGGCAGGGCCCGGGACAGGGUCAUGAGAAGAAGGAGUGA